AUGUUAUAUUCAGAGCAAUUAGGUAUCCCAGGCACGGAUUCAAAAAGAUGGAGAUUACAUGUUGACGAACUCGGAGGGGAAACAUGGCACUACUUGGAUCUAACUGAUGCGGAACGAGAGCCACAGACUAAUUUUGUGAAGUAUUUGUUGGAAACAGACGACUUCCCUAGGCCAAAAGCUGAAGUUUUGAAAACGCCAAAAGACUCUCUUAACAAAGGAGCAGAGUUUCUUGAACUUUUGCAGGAUGAUUCAGGGAUUUUUCCUUGCCAGUAUAAAGGCCCGAUGUUUAUGACGAUUGGAUAUGUCAUUGCAAACUACUUUACUAAGAAUGUAAUUAGCGAGCCCUAUAGAAACGAGAUGAUAAGAUAUAUUGUGAAUACUGCGCAUCCUGUUGAUGGGGGAUGGGGGUUGCAUUCAGUAGAUAAAUCGACAUGCUUCGGAACCACAAUGAAUUAUAUUGCAUUGAGAUUAUUGGGUCUUGACGCAGACCAUGAAGUAUGCAUUAAAGCACGAAAGCAGUUACACAGAUUAGGUGGAGCGUUAGGAAAUCCACACUGGGGGAAAGUAUGGCUCUCAAUUUUAAACUUGUAUGAGUGGGAGGGCGUCAAUCCAGCACCACCUGAGAUGUGGUUACUUCCUUAUCUGUUUCCCAUACAUCCAGGAAAAUGGUGGGUUCAUACAAGGGCCAUAUAUCUACCUGUGGGAUACUUGUCGGCUAAUAGAGUAAAAUGCCCUUUGGAUCCUCUUUUGAAGAGUAUUAGAAAUGAAAUUUAUUUGGAAAAGCAGCUUCCAUAUGAAAGCAUCAUCUUUGGAGAAAAUAGAAACAAUGUAUGUGGGGUUGAUUUAUAUUAUCCUCAUACCAAAAUAAUGGAUGCAUUAAAUUGGGUUAUUGUAAAAUACGAAAAGUAUUUACGGCCAAAAUGGUUAUUGAAGUACACAAAUAAGCAAGUUUACGAUUUAAUUGGUAAGGAAUUUUAUAACACCGAUUACUUGUGCAUUGCACCCGUGAAUUUUGCAUUCAACAUGAUCGUAGCAUAUUUGGAAGAAGGCUCUAAAUCUGAGACUUGGAAAAAACUAACUAACAGAAUGAACGAUAUUUUAUUUCAUGGCCCUCAAGGAAUGACUGUAAUGGGUACAAAUGGUGUCCAAGUUUGGGAUGCUGCCUUUAUGGUGCAAUAUUUCCUUGUAGCUGGCCUCGGUGAAGACAAGAAGUUUCAAAGUAUGAUCAGAAAGGCUUUUAAGUUUUUGGUAAGAUCUCAAUUUGACAGUGAAUGUGAGCCUGGUAGCUUUAGAGAUAAGAGAAAAGGUGGCUGGCCAUUUAGUACUAAGCCACAAGGGUACACUGUUAGCGAUUGUACAGCUGAAGCUAUGAAAGCUAUAAUUAUGGUUAGGAACCACCCAUUAUAUGCGGACCUUCGUGAAGAAAUAACUGACCAGCGAUUAUAUGAAGCGGUAGAUGUUUUGCUUACAUUACAGAAUACUAAGAGCUUUGAGUUUGGAUCAUUCUCAACAUAUGAAGUAAUUAGGGCUAGUCCAUUGCUUGAAAAAUUAAAUCCGGCAGAAGUUUUUAACAACAUAAUGGUCGAAUAUCCUUAUGUUGAGUGCACGGACUCCUCAGUGUUAGGUUUGACAUAUUUUUCCAAAUAUUAUCCGAAUUAUCGCUCCGAUGAAAUAAAUUUCGCCAUUGAAAAUGCAAUAAAAUAUAUAAUGAAGGCUCAAAACAAAAUCGACGGGUCAUGGUAUGGGUCAUGGGGUAUAUGCUUUACCUAUGCUUCAAUGUUUGCACUUGAGGCUCUUUGCUCUGUUGGAUUAGUAUAUUCGAAUUCUGAUAAUGCUAGAAAAGGCUGCGAUUUUCUUAUUUCUAAGCAGCUUCCCGACGGCGGAUGGUCGGAAUCUAUGAAGUCUUGUGAAACUGGCACUUACGUUAAUGCUCACAAAUCCUUAGUUGUACAAUCGGCGUGGGCAAUAAUUGGUUUACUAUUAGCUGAAUACCCUGAUAAGGAAUCUAUAUCGAAGGGCAUUCAAUUUUUAAGGUCUAGGCAAUUGCCUACUGGUGAGUGGAAAUUUGAAGAAGUCGAAGGAGUAUUCAAUCAUAGCUGUGCAAUUGAGUAUCCAUCUUAUAAGUUUCUAUUCCCCUUAAAGGCCAUUGGUCUAUAUAUCAACAGAUAUGGCAACCUGUAA